AUGUCCGGCAAACGUCCUGCAUCCACCAGUGAUGCGACAGACGGGCCACGCCAGUUUAAGCAGACCAAAUUGAACUUCUUUACUUCUGCUCCCAAAAAGCAACCACAAGAACCAAAAGUCACAUUACGGGAGGAGGAUACAGAACUACCAACAGACCGAGUCGGACCAUCCAAGACCACAGCUCAAACCCCCAACACCACCACCACACCGGACUCACCCCUGGAAUCCGAUCCAGAAUCAUCACCAGCAUCACCAGCCCCCACCCCAACGAUCACACGCCCCACCAACCCAACAACAACAACAACAACGACCACAACAACCCCAACAAUGUCCCCCGCCCGCCUCCGCAUCACUGACCGCACCGGCGACCUCUUCGCCGCCCCCGCCAACACCCUGCUCAUCCACGCCUGCAACACAGUCGGCUCCUGGGGCGGCGGCAUCGCCCUGGCCUUCCGCAACCUUUACCCGGCCGAGUUCCGCGUGUACCGGGCGCACUGCGCGCGCUCGACGCCCAACCAGCUCGUGGGCACGGCGCUGCUGAUUGCGCCGCAGCGGGCGUCGUUGAAUGGUAGUGGGGGUGGGGGGCAUUAUAUUGGGUGUUUGUUUACGAGUCGGCGGUUUGGCGCGGCGAGAGAUCCGCCGGAUAGGAUUCUGCGGGCGACGGGGCCCGCGAUGCGCCAUCUGAUGAGGUUGGUGGCGGAGGAAGAGGAGAGGACGGGGGUGAGGAUUGGGGAGGUCAGGAUGUGUAGGAUUAAUGCGGGGUUGUUUGCUGUUCCGUGGGAGAGCAGUAAACGGGCGCUGGAGGCGAUGGAGUUGGGGGAUGGGGAGGUGCCGGGGUGUGCUCAGGGCGGUGUUGUGGAGGUGGUUGCGUGGGAGAGGGCGUGA